AUGGCGACAACAAGACCCAGAGCCCCUAGCAAAAUCCGUGUCGGCCCAGCUCCGACCGAGUGGCUAGGAGCAUGCUCGGCGGUCGAAGAUGAAAGUGAAAGCGAAAGCGUAUCAAGUAGUUCAUCAGCAAGCCUCAAGUUCGUUGUAAGCAAGCCCGAAGAUGAAGAUCAUGACAGGCGGAAACCACGACAGGCACAGGAUGUAAACAUCGGCCAUCCAGGAAGAUCGUCUCCCACGAAAAACGAAAAACCUGCUUUGUCUCGCCGCAAGGAACCCUCCGCACCUCCACCCACUUCCUUGGCUGGCGCGUUGUUUUCGGACCUGCGACGACUUGCGCGGGAUCGUGACCGGGACGCGUUGCCUCCUUCCCGUGGAUCAAGUUCACAGCGCAUAAUAAGCAGGCCUCAACAUGUUGACCGAUGCCGUGGCGUCACCGAGCAAGCACACCAAGAUAGCGGAUCAGCAAAAAAUCCACCACGGCGAACUCAGAGUCGUAUCGAAAGGAGCUCAACGCGGAAGCGAAGUAGCCAUAGGGACAGUGCUCGUGCGAAAAGGCAUGCUUCGAGUUCAGUGCUGAGAGGUCCUCGUAAUAAUUUCGUCACGUUGAACCAGCAGAAAGGUCGAAGGAGUAGGAGCCGCACACGGACUAGCAGGAAAAGAAGCACAUUGCGGAGGACGAAUGUAGUCGCCGCUUCGCCUCCUCGGCCUCGAGUUCGCGCGUUUGCUCCUAGUAGAAGACGAGAUGAGCAACCAGAGCAGCGUCGAGUACCGCAAGACCAUCCGCCUCUGCUUCGCUCUGCAGAUUCAGUGUCGUGCCGCGACAGGCUGCAGUUCCCCAAUCAGCUGAUGAGGGAUCGUGCGGUGAGCGCUGCUGGUGCGUCCGCGUCGCCAUUGCGUGGCGAACGAGCAGACCGCCGGAGCCGCAGUAGGAGUAAACGUAAUCAGCUUCAGCGCGGCGAGCUGGCUCUGGGCUUGGCCUCCUCCCAACAUGAUCGCCGAAGGAAUGAGCGAGAUGAUCCGCCUGCUCUACUACACAGGAUCACCAGGAGGUCUCCCAGCAAGCGCCGCGUUGUCCCCGUACUAUUGUCGAAAAAGUCGCAUCUUGUGGAGGAUGAAAAAAAUGCCACUUCUACCUCCCGUCCUGUAGUUGCUGCGGGACAAACUACAGCCGCCGCUGCGACGUCCUCACUCCCAAAACAAGCAGAGACCGCUGGUGUGGUUUCCAGCAGCCGCGACGAACUGAAAAAGAGAGCAGCGCUAUAUUACUUCCACAAAAGAGCCGAGGAGAUCGAGGCCGGCAAGGUGAAAGAGAACACGCGGCGCUUGGAGCGAGCUUCCGCAAACGAAGAAAAACAAGCCAGUAAUCAUGUUGAAAAAUGUGCGGAGUUGAACACGUCCCCGUCGGGAGAAGCAGCUGAAGAUCAUACCACGAAUCACGCUACGGGGGCAGGGGAGGACAAAGUGGGAGGCGGCAACGUGGACGAGAAGGCGCUAGUGUCAGGAGGGAGAGGACCCGUGAGGUCUCAUAGAAGCCGGGGGCGCCUAUACAGCAAGCGGCGUCUCAUUCCGCUCGUUCUCAGUAGCGCUCGGGAAAGUCCUACGCACGAGCCUGCCGCACCGCAACUACAUGAC